UUAUAUCAUUAGAAAAGAACUGUUGCUUCAACUAUAGGUAGUAAAUGAACCACUAUGAACCCCUAUUAUGUGAAACUAUGAGAAGUGAACAAAAUUACUGUAUUUUUAUGAAGGUGCAAAGAACAACAAAACAAAAUCACCACACAUUUGAUAGUACAGUAGUGUGUAUGCACAGCACAAUCCUGGCUAUUGCCAUAGCAGUGGAAUGGUAGCACUAUAAUUGUGCAGUUUGUAUAGAAGGUCAGAUCCAUUGCCAUUCAGAGUUUGGAAAAAAUGAGUUGGGGGCUAUAACUCCCACAUUCCUCUGGGAUUUUCUGAGAGUUUUAAGUCAAAAAAAGUAACUUUCCCAAGCUCUUCUACCAACUAGUAGUAACUUGGGCUGGCUGAGUGACAUGCCUUAGGUGCAAGCUAAAUGUAACCCUUGAGACAAAGGAGUGGUCCUCCAGUCAUUCUAUUUUUACAAGUAGUACAUGUGUGUUCAUGGAUCAAGAUCUCUCCUCUCCACAGCAUAAGAGUCUAAAGAUUACUUCUUCUACUUCUAAUCCAUAGGCUUCCAUAGGAUGUUGUCAUGGCAGUUCUGGUACAAUCAUGACACUAUAAUUGUAUGGGUUGGCCACUUUUUUAGCAAAUAUGGCAGCAAAAUAGUGAGGGUAGUAGUUCAUUUUUAAUUGUAUUGUUCUUUUAAAUUGUUACCUCCUUUGAGUCUCAAUUUUUGGAAUAGAUAAUAGUAACAUCAACAACAACAACAACAACAAUCACAUGUUGAAUCUCCCUUAUCUGAAAUACUUGAGACUAAAGGUGUUCUGGAUUUUGGAGUACCUAUAUUUACAUAUACAUAUAAAAGGAAAUAUUUUGAGAUGAGACCCAAGUCUAAAGACAAAAUUCAUUUAUGUUUCAUAGAUACUUUAUACAUAUAACAUGAAGGUAGUUCUAUCACAAUAUUUUUAAUAAUUGUGUGCAUGAUAUAAAGUUGAUGUACACUGAACAAUCAGAAAGCAAAGUUGUCACUAUCUCAGCCAGCCAUGUGGACAGUUUUGGAUUCUGAGGAUACUCAUGCCUGUAAUGGUGAUGAGGAUGAAGAUGAGGAUUUUGAUCCUGUCCCUGUGUCUCUCUCCUUGACUGAUGCUUCUCCUCAGGUGUUCUUGAAGGAGAAAGCCCGGAAGAUACUAGAAAGACGGUGGAACCAAAAGCUGAGCUGGGCUAUUGUUACCCUUCAACGCAACCUUCGUGGUCUCAUCAACCGCAGGCGUCUCCAGGCAUUCAAGCAGAAGGCAACCGUGAUCCAGGCUCACUUUCGGGGUUUCUUGGCAAGAAAACGUUACCAAAGACUGAAGAAGACCCUGACACAAUUUGGAGUGUCUAUGAUUGUCUCCAGGCCACUGGUACAUAGAAGACGGCAAUACCAGGUAAUGAGAUCAUUGGUGGCUCCAAUGGACAGGUGCUUUCUGCUUCCCAAAUCAAUUGGAGGGAUUGUGCGUGACUUAGGGAUUUCUAGGUCAGUAGGGAUGGGUGGUAGUUUUCAUAUCAGUUGGGUGCUAAAUCUGUGCUGCCUUUUUCUGUCUGAAUUUGAAAGGUGCUGAACCCGUUUAGAGCACUUUAAAUAGAUUUUUUUUUCGAGUUCAGAGUAAAACCUAAACUGUUUA